UUGGCUAUUCUGCAACUACGUCAACUAGUCUUUCUUUCUCAACAAAAUAAGCAAUUGACAUUCAAAAUAUACAAUUUUAGUGUGUACUGAAUAAAAACAAUGUCGCAAGGAUCCGGAACGGUGGCUGGCCGCCGAGAAGUAAUGGGGCUGAAUCGUAUGACCAGCAAGGGCCUAAAAGAGCUAUGCAAGAGGGACAAACUUUACCAGACUCCUCGACUAAACGACGUACUUUACUUGCAUUACCAGGGGUAUCAAUCCAUCGAGUGCUUGGAGGAGUAUACAGAGCUGAAGUGCCUUUGGCUCGAAUGUAAUGCCAUUUCUGAGAUCCAAGGACUAGAGAAACUCAACAAACUAAAGUGUCUGUUCCUUCAAAACAAUCUUAUUACAAAAAUUGAAAAUUUGGGGACCUGUCCUCAGCUUGAUACGAUUAAUCUAAGCUCCAACCAUAUUCGCAAAAUAGAGAAUAUUGGAACCGACAUACUACCAGUAUUGAAUACACUUAAUAUAGCAUCCAACUACCUAAAAGAUGCCGAAAGCCUUUCAGAUUUGGUUCAAUGCAAAACCUUAUCUGUUUUGGAUUUAUCGAACAACAGAAUUGAUGAUAUACUUAUUGUAAAGAUAUUUGAGCAGAUGCCCAAUCUAAAAGUCCUAGUUUUGCAGGGAAAUCCAGUAGUAUCCCGACUUCCACAGUAUCGUAAAACACUAAUUCUGGCAUGUAAAGAACUUACAUACUUGGAUAGUCGUCCUGUAUUUGCUCGUGAUCGUGCUUGUGCCGAGGCCUGGAAACGGGAGGGCUAUGAAGGAGAACGUAAGGAAAACCGUCGCUGGAACAGGGCUGAGCAUCGAAAAAUACGCGACAGUGUAAACAGCACUAUCCGUAUGCGUAAUAAGCACAAACCAGCUGAUCAGCAAGAUCCUUUACUUAGGUCCAGUGAUUCUGAAGAGGAGCAAAAAGCCCUAAUGUCCGCAGAAGAUUGUCGUAAAAAGUGUGAACUGGAAAAUAACACUGUGGACGACUUGUGGGACGAGGUGUCGGGACCGCCAUCCUCGAAGAAUAAUAGCAGCUCCAGUUCGGCUGAGGAUAAUGAAAGCGUGGGCUCCCAUGCCGACCAUAUAGCUGAGCAAAUAAGUAAUCGCAAACCCCUCGAGGGCCGCCCCAAGGUCCUGUAUGAUACCCAAUACAGUGAUACAGAUAUUAUCAAAAAAGAGGAAGAUAAGGUGCAGCAGGAGAACACUGAAAAUAAUGAUAUCAAACAGUUAGAGGACCCACAAGAGGACACUUCCAAGGGAAAGCGAAUUAUGAUAACGGAGGGAAAACUAGAAGACUUCGAUUCUGAGAAAAAAGUUGAUGAGGGAAUUAAAAAUGACGAUGUCAAAGAGCAACCUGAAGAGGGUACCAGCGGCGAACUUGUAGAGAAUACGGAUGAUAAUGAAAAAGCUUCAAACAGCGAUUCUGAACAGGAUGUUGAAGAUUUAAUGAAAUCAUAUACAGCCAUCAAGACAUUGGGUGAAAACAUAGAAAAAGAAAACAAGAACGAGGCAUCCUCUAAGGAAACAAGAACCAGGCUUGUCGAGGAAAUGCUGCUUUCUUGUUCUAAAGCUGAAUUGGCUCAUAGUUCAGGCGCCCCUAUUGAGGAACUAUUGGGUACCGAACAUCAGGACCCACUAAGAGAAUUUGAAAUGGAGGAAGCAAGUCCCAAUAAUGAAAAUGAAUGUGUUGACAAGGAACCUGAAGAAAUCAGUUUGUUUACUACCGUGAAAACCAGGGAGCAAAUGGACUAUGAGGAAGACAGUGCAAUGACCAAUGAAAAGUGCUCGCACGACUUGGAGGAAAUGGGUAUGCACAUGGAGGAGGAUCUAGAGGAACUUAGAAAGGCUUCAGAAUCUUUGUGCGGUUUGAUGGACGAUCCAUUGGGCCAGUCUGACAGCGAGACAGACGAAGAGGCUUUGAAGGUUCAUUUGGAGGCCAAGUCGCCACUCCUUACCGAUAAAAUGAAUGAAUGUCGAAAGCAACUGAAGGAAAGAAUGGAGUCCAAACUUGAAACCGAGGCAUCUGAGAGAGAGCAGUUGUUUGCCAAAAUCUUGGACAACAGUACAGAUAAUGUUCCUACGCGAGUUUUUGGUGCUGGACUGGAUAUCCCAGCAAAGGAUUGGUCAAAGGAGGAGCUACAACUCCAACUCCCUAGAAAAGAACUAAAGAAUCCCAAAGAUAAUGAUAAUAUUUUCAGGAAGCCCAUCACAAAUAUGACAAGCAUGGAAGCCGCUGAAAAGAUGUGCGAAGAGAUGAACAAGAAGAUGGCAGCAGAAGAGGAGGAGCUACGUAAGCUCUUGCAAGAGUUGGAGGACAAAAAUAAUGAAAUGUACAAUAUUGAAACAACGGUGGAGUACCACGAGGAAGUCACCAUAGAAGAUUCCGACUUGAAAGGUAUUUGUACUUCGGUGUUGGACGAAAUUAUUGAGGAGUUGAUUGACGAGAAGCCCAAGCCCAAGAACUUCGAGUUCGGACCGAUUGAGUCCGAUGAGGAGUUCAGCUAUUCGGCAGAACCGAAGUUGGAGAAACUGGUACCCCCAGCACUUGAAAAUCCGGCCGGUGGUAAGAGUAUCCGUGAAUGCCUCGAUACGUUCUCUGAUUUUGUCAACUCGAUGGUUGAGCCUGGAACUACAUCUUUACUGGGGCGUAACCCAUCAUCAGGAGUGGACAAAAUCCGUGCCGCUCAAGAGCUGCUGAAGUCAAAAAAUCUUGAGGAGUUUAACAAGGACACGGCUGAAAAUUUGGAUGCUCGAAUAAAUAAGGAGAACGAGAAACUCAAGCGCCAUGUCGCCAACUCUGCGGCGAGGUGCUUUGCUCAACGCGACAAGUAUGAUGACACCUUAGAGGUGGUCGACAACCGGUUAAUGGUUGUAAAGAAGGAUACUGGGGAGUUGGAGGAAUUGCCCCCACCACCCCCAUUGAUUAGUGACUCGGAGUCUGAUAGCUAUGACACUGCCGAUGAGGAUAAAUCGGAGGAUCAUGGGGGAGCGUUUCUGAAACGUCCUUGGACAACCCCCUAUCAACCCAAGCCAAGGAAGUCGGAGGAGCAUUUGAUUUUGGAGGCCCUUCAACGGGCUGGUCUGGAUCCACAGUCCGAAGAAUAUGCCGGCGAAGAAAAGGAGAACGAACCGGAGCCAGAGCCAGAGCCAGAGUUCUAUUCUCUUGAAGCUAUGACUACCUUCGGCAAUCUGGACACUGAAUUCUUCCAGAAGCUAGAUCUCGAGAAAAUCCAAAACAAUGAAGAGGCUGAAGCCGCUAUAGAAUGCAUGAGAAGCUACAACGAACUAAAGGCCUGUAUGAAGUCUGGAUCGCGGGAGGUCCAAUUCACCAACGAAGAAAACCAAAUGCUUCAGACAAUUCUAACCAAAGAUGAUGCCGACGUGUCCAAGACAAAGCCGGUAGAUCCAAAAGUAGAGGAGGAAGAUGAAUUGUUGAAGAAAAUGAUGAUUCGCAUGAAGGAGUACGAGGAACGAGAACGCCAACUUAUGUUAAUACCGCCAGCCCCUUCAGUUCAGGAUGCAUCGACUGAGCUGGGACCCAUGAACCUGUCCGUCGGUCGAUCUAAGAUUUUCGAACAAAAGAGCCAAGUUGAUCUUACGGAGGAAGAAGAGCCUGAGGAUAAGGAUAAGACAUUUAACGAACUAAAGGAAGAAACUCUAGUUAAUACAAAAAAUACAAUUUUCGACGAGGAAAACGGCGACCGCUUAGCCGAGGAACCUAAGCCUAAGCCCCAUCACAACAAUGACAUUGACGACGACGUUCAGUCUGAUGCCCCAACCGAUUAUGAAUCUGGGGAAGAAAUAGCCGUGGUAGAGCCUCCAAAUCUUCCAGAAUCAGUUUUAAAAUCAUUUUACUCCGAAGAAUUCAAGGCCGACUUGAAAAUGGUUCAAGAACGCGAAGAAGCCACGCGUAGAAACUUGUGCUGUCUUCUCGAGAAGAAUAUGCAGGUGUCUCCCAAAGGGCCAACCUUGGAUGAGGUUGAAGGGAAUGCCUUGCAAUCGGAAAUCGAACCAAAGAUAUCUUCCGCAGAGUUGGAAAGACGUAAAGCGUCUGAAGCCGCAAAGGCCAAAUGGGCCAUGUUAUCGAAAACAUUGCACAAAUUUCUUGAUCCCGAGGACUUAGCAAGGCUGGAUAAGCAGGAGUUUGGUGAAAGUGAUGAGGAUGGUGAUGAAGAAGACUUUAAAUUGGAAAUCAUAGAAGAACUAAGUGAGCAGGAUCAGAAUGGAAUGGCUGGGGAGGAUGAAAAGCGAACAAUUUCAGAGAAUGAUAUUAUAGAGGAUACAAAACCAGUUUCAGAGGAAAAUAUUAUAGAAAUUGAAAACCCCAUUCCAGAGGAAACUAUUAAAGAGGAUAAAACACCAAAAGAGUCUACUCAGCAGGAAAUUAUUGGCAAUACAAGCCAAGAUAAAACAGAUGCCCCAUUAACAUCUGGAUCACAAAACACCAAUAUUGAAUCAAACGCCAAAAAACCUUUAAUAAUAGACUAUUUCGAAGCACCAGAAGAAAACACAACAGAAGACGAUCCAAUUUACGAGGAAUCUAUAAAAACUCAAGAAAUCGAGUGCAACUUGGAGAUCCUGGACGACGAUGGUGAUAUUGUGAUGAAGGAGAUCGGAGUUAGUGCUCAAGUUACUUUUAAAAGAUUUUAAAUACGUUUAUAGUUGCUAGUUAAUGCCAAGUUGAUGAACAUUCCAAAAAUUAAAAAAAAAAUAAUAAUAUUAUUCAUUUUCCUAAUCACCUAUAAGAGAUAAGCUAUGAGAUUUGAAUCCGCCACGAACCAGUUAAGAAACGAUCAGUCUAUGGAAAUUAAUAAAAAGUAAAAAACACUUGAAAAGCGAUUAGGCGGACUUCGGUUAUACCGUUUGGCCCGGCAGUCUAUCGAAAUUGGCACAUCUUGAACCACCUUAAACUGGAUCGGAACUUUAUAGAGGAACAGAAAAACCGGUUCGCUUUGUUUCUUAUUGCUCGUACUUGGCGCAGGGCAAUCGACCAGGUUAUCACUAAGCUGCCACUGAUUACGCCUAGUAAGAUUAGCCGGUCAGUGGUAUUCCAUAUUCAAACCGAUCUUAUAGUUGUUUGUACCUUUUUAUAGACGGGCCCCAAAAUUUCACCAUCUAGCAGCUGUUGAUCACAUGUUCAAAAUUGUUUACUGCAUUAAAUGUAUAAUUUCAAAAAAAAAUAGAUGAAUUCCCAGUCUUAUCAUUAUUAUUUUGUACCCCCCACCAAUGAAUGUCAAGCUAAACUAAACACCUGAUGACUAAAAUUUGUUUUAG